UUUUUAAUCUCACUCCAGACGGAUGUGAAGCGGGUGGAGAUCGCGGGAGCAGAGUAGGAUGUACAAUGGGAUCGGGCUGGUCACCCCGCGAGGGAGUGGCACAAACGGCUACGUCCAGCGCAACCUGUCCACCGUGCGUCCCCGGAAGGGUCGACAGGACGCCAGGACUGACGAGGAGCUGGACAAACUGGAGAGCAGCCUGACCAGGGCUCCCAACCCCGAGAUACUGGAGCACGAGAGGAAGAGGGGCCUGGAGUUGAAAUGUGUACAGCUGCAGGAUAUGAUGGAGGAGCAGGGGUACUCUGUGGAGGAGAUUGAUGAGAAAGUCGCCACCUUCAGGCUGAUGCUUCAAGAGAAAGAGGAGCCGUUAAUCAAAGAGGGAGCGCCGAGCGAGAGACCGACGGUAACUGAGACGCACCAGCUGGCCGCAGCCAAUCAGCUGAAGAACGAGCGAUUGAGAGCCGCCUUCGGGAUCCGGGACGAUUACGAGGACGGGAGCUCCUUCCACCCGGAGAGGAGGGCCCGAGAGCGGGAGAGGAAGGAGCAGGAGGAGAGGAGCAAGAGAGAGUACAAAAUUAUCCAAGAGGAAUCCGAGGGUUCUGCUACCUCCCCCCCUCCCCAGCGUCGCACCAAGAAGAAAAAAAACAAGGCUAAAGAGCGGAAUUCAGACAGCGAGUCUCCAUCACCACAGCGAUCGAAGAAGAAAUCAAAGAAAAAGAAACAGAGAUCCAGCUCCGAGCAGAAAACCCGGAAACGAGGGUCUCGCAGCCCAAAGGACAAAAGCAAGUCGAAGAGGAAAGAGAAGAGACACAGGAGCCCCAGCCAGUCUCCUCCCCCACAGAGACGAGGUCGUGAAGGAAGCUCCUCCUCUUCUCCCUCCCCUUCCUCUCGAGGCAGCCAUAGCAAGUCCCCUAUCCCGGUCAGAGACGCGCCACCCCCUCAGCCAGUCAAGAGAGGCGAGGAGGGAAGGGGGCGGUCCCCGGCUCGUUCGGUCACGCCCCCUAGAGGCAGGAAAGGGCGGGGCCACGAACACAGCAGCGGCGAGCGUUCAGGGAGCAAAGAGAAGUCCUCAGGCCGUCCUGCGACAGACAGAAGCGACAAGGGGGGUCCCAAAGAGAACCCCACAAACAGGUUGGGGUCCCCAGCUCCGAGGAAAGGGGGCAGGGAUGACAGGGGCAGAGGAGACGCCCCUAGGAGGGAGAGGGAGUCCCCAAAACGCAGACAGAGGGGGCCGUCGCCCGACGGAGGGGAUAGGGGGUCCCCCAAACACAGGCGCAGCCCCCCGAAACACAACCGGGAAAAGUGGGAGAGCAGCGCCAGAAGACACAGCCCUGAGAGAGAAUCGAGGGAAGAGAGAGGAGAAAGGGGCUCCCCUAGAAACAGAAGAGGAGGGGACAGGGGGUCCCCAGAAAAGGAGCACCCCAGAACUGAGAGGAGAGGCGGACCGGGAAGAGGGGGGGAGAGGGGGACUCCAGAUAGAGAUCGGAGGAUGGGGAGACCCUCUGACCGCCAUUCCAUCGAUAAAGAUCGCUCUCCUCAAAAGUCCAGGCAGAACGAGAGGCAGAGGCUGGCUCGCUCUCCCUCCUCCUCCUCCUCCCCAUCUUCCUCCUCCACAUCUCCCUCUCCGUCCCCCAAAACUAACGGGAGGGACCAGAGGAGAGGAGCGGUGGAUAAAGGGAGGAGGAUGGGAGGAGAGAGGGCUAUGGAAGUGGUUUCUGCUUCUUCGAGAUUUAGUGACUGUGAUAAUGUUAAUCAUGCUAAUCUUAAUACCCGAAGUAGAGGAACUGGUAGUCCUGGUUACAAAGAACUGGGUAAAGGGGGAACAGAGAACCUGCUGCAGGAGAGGUUAGACUCUCCUCGGUUAAUCUCCACGACCUCUCGCUCGGAAUCUCCUACAGCCGCUGACUCGUUUGAGGAAGGAGAGCUAGAGACGGAGGAUAGAGAGAGAGUUGGGAGAGGCGAGGCCGAAGAGAGGAGGAGUGGUGGGCGGAGAGGCGAGAAGGGAAAGAGUGAUGGGAGAGGCGAGGAGGAAGAGAGGAGAAAGGAUGGCAGGAGAGGUGAGGAGGAAGAGAGGAGUUAUGGGCGGAGAGGUGAGGAGAGAAAGAGGGAUGGGAGAGUCGAGGAAGAGAGGAGUGAUGGGUGGAGAGGCGCAGAGGAAAAGAGGAGGGAUGGGCAGAGAGGUGAGGAGAGAAAGAGGGAUGGGAAAGGCGAGGAGGAAGAGAGAAGAAAGGAUGGCAGGAGAGGUGAGGAGGAAGAGAGGAGUUAUGGGCGGAGAGGUGAGGAAAGAAAGAGGGAUGGGAGAGUCGAAGAGAGGAGUGAUGGGUGGAGAGGCGCGGAGGAAAAGAGGAGGGAUGGGCAGAGGGAUGAGGAGAGAAAGAGGGAUGGGAAAGGUGAGGAAGAGAGGAGAAAGGAUGGCGAGAGAAGCGAUGGGAGAAAGAAGGAUGGGACAGGUGGAAGAGAAAAGGGAGAACUCUCUACCUCAACCACUGCCAAGAGAAGCAGCCAUGGCGAUGACGACACAAACACUUCGGGAAUCCAAAACAAGACCGGCAGGAUCGGGACUUCGGAAUCCGGAAAGCUGGGACCGGACUCUGCUCCGGAUCACCCAGAACCGACAACAGGAAGCAGCAAGAGUUCAAGAAAUUUCAUAAAAAAGCCAGAGAUCCAGGAGGAAGAGGCAGCAGAAGAGGAGACUAGAAGAAAGAGAACUGCGACAGAGGGAGGAGAGAAAAAGAAGAAACAGAGAAAGAGUAGCAGCUCCUCGAGCUCCAGUUCUGGUUCCGGUACCAGUUCCUCUAGUGGGUCCAGCAGCAGCGGCAGUAGCGACACCUCUUCAAGUUCAUCGUCAUCAGAUUCUUCUUCCAGUUCCUCUUCAGAGUCGGAGGACCAGAAGACUGAAAAGACCAAGGUUAAAAACCGAUCUGCAAUUGCUGACGCUGUCGAGGGAACCUGGAAAGCUCGGAAAAGGAGGUCCAGUGGAGAGGGGAAGGGUGAAGCAGUCAAGUCUGGAAAAACCGAUAAAAAGCAGGGAGAGAAAGCGGACGGGCCUGUGCUGCCUUCGGAAGAGGAGAUGGAAGUCGAUUCUUCAGGGUCAAGGUCCAAGCUGGACCGCGGUCGGGUUUCAGAACCGAAGAGGGACGCCGGCGCGGUUUCUCCGGCUUUUCCGAGAUGCGGAGAGGCUGGGAGGAAUAGGGAUUCGCCGGCUCCCGGAAGAGAGAGGGGUCUUUCGUCUGAGGAAAGGAGGUGCAAGAGAAAGGAUGAUGGGGAAGUAUUGGGAGACAGCAGAUCCAGAGAAACAUCGACUUCUCCCAGGAGUCAGAGACGCUCUCCGUCUUUCGAGAUGGGAGGGAAGGGAACGAGACGAGGCGGCAGGUCGUCUUCCAGGAGUCUGGAUGAGACUCCUCCCGACAGCGCUGCCGGAGAGAGAGGCGUGGAGAGAGGGGGAGCUCGGUUCGGUUCCAAACCCAGAGAGAGAUCCCCCCCUCCUCCUCCUCUUCGCAGCAGGCGAAGCGAUUCCUCUGGGUCUCCAGUCGCGGACGACGGCAACAAGAAGACAAGAAGCGAUGGCGGACGAUCGUCUUCAAGGACGUCUGAUAAGACGUCUUCCACCAGGGAGAAGGGACCCAAUGAGAGACACUCCCCUGCCACCGCCCCCGCCAAACGCAUCAUCGACUCCUCCUUCUCUGCUUCAGGGAGAGACAGUAGUGGGGUUGUUGCAUCUUCUAAGACGGUAGAUAAGAUCCCGGUUUCGAGGCUUGCACCCAAACCCAGCGAGAGAUAUUCUCCAAGCGCAGCGCACACAGACAGCGACGAUGACUCCUCCUCCUCUUCCUCCUCCCCAGAGAGGCCAAGCAAGUCCCCACCAAAAUCGAAGACCCCAGGUCGGCCUGCCGUUGUCUCCAAAGCCGGCCCUCCCAGCGCGGGUUCGAGGCAGACCCAAGGCUCCGAGUCUCCUGUCGGGAGAAGGAGCGGGACUCCUCCUCCGAGACCAGGCAGGUGGGACAAAGAAGCGUUCACUUCUUUCCAGGGUAAAAAGUCAACGGUUGGGCAGCUGUACUCUCCGACCCGGAGUGGUAGCUCGGAUUCGGAUUCGAGGUCGCCGAUCAGGCAGAAAAGUGGGUCCCCCCUGAAAUUGGCUACCGCUGUCGUAGCAACCAAAACGGGAGCAUGUCCGACUCCCGCAAUGCAGAGGGAGCAGCGCUCCUCCCCGGCAUCCGGACGCAGCCAGGAUCCUCCGUCUCCGCUCGGGAGCAGAAGCCAGACUCCUCCCAGGUCUGGAAAGUGGGCUAAAGUGUUCUCGCCCCCUCCUAAAAGGUCGAACGUGGGCCAGCUGUAUUCUCCGACCGGAAGGGACUGCGAUCCUGAUCCGGCGGCGAGGCAAAGCGCGUCUCCCGCCAAAUCGGGCAGGUGGGAGAAAGAAAGAGACGCAGAACCCGCCUCUCAGGCCAAAGCUGCAAAACCUUUUUCUGCGCCAGGAAGACGGAGGGAAUUGUACUCCCCGAGCGCCAGGCACACUGACUCUUCCGACUCCUCUCGCUCCCCGUCCCCUACGACCAAACGGAGUCUGCCUGCCACUAGAAGGGAAUCCUCGAUUCCCAAGCCCACUUCCACCACUGCCCCCCCUCCCCCUGCUUCCCCUUCCAGAGACGGAACUUCUGCAGACCGGAGAAAGAGGUCCCAAUCCGGGGAGAGGAGAACCAGCAGGUCCCCCCUUCCUCCUCCUCCUUCCCGACCAGAAACUCAAAACCGUCCCAGCAGAGAGACUUCCCCUGCUCCCCAGCAGCCCGCAAUAAGAAGGGAAAGAUCACCCCCUUUGCAGAAACCAAGGGGCUAUUCCUCCCUGCCCAGGAAGGGACGCGGGGGGACCAGACGUGGAGGGUCGUCGUCCUCUUCCUCUCCCUCUCCUCGCAGGGAGGGGCCCCGAUCACCCCCCAUGCAGUACAGGAGCUCCAAUACUUCGGCCAUUCGAAGGGAGAGGUCCCCCGUCCCAGCCCGCGGCAGAGACUCCCCGCUGGGCAGCAGGAGGGAGAGGCGAUCCCAUUCGAGGGAGAGGGAUCGGAGGAGGGGAGGAGAAAGGCUGUCUCCUAGACACCAGGAUAGUUACCCACUCAGGAGAGGGCAGCAGUCUCCCCCCGGCAGGAGAGGAGGUGGCAGGUACCAAUCCCCAAGAAAGACCCGGAAUCGAUCCAGGUCCGCCUCCCCUUACACUAGCAGGAGAAGCUCGCCCCCUGUUGGCAGAGAGAGGGGCGGCAAUGCUAAUAACAGCCGAGGCUACUCCCCCGCGUAUUACCGGAGAGGGGAGAGGGACAGGAGGAGAGAUUCGCCGCCAGCGGCGCCAUCUAGAACCUCCGGGCGGCGCCGGAGCCGGUCCGGUUCUAGAUCUGGCUCAAGAUCGAGGAGGCAGGGUUCCCCCAGAGCAAGGAGUCCAAACUACAGGUGUGAUUUUUGGGUUUUUAUUUUUUUUUGUGGCUGUUGAUGACUCUGUGUAA